UGGUUUUGAUUAGGCUUCCCUUUUCCCACUGAUGAUGCUGUAGUCUGAGUCUUAUCUAAGAUUGUUGCCUUGUCUAAGCCAUUUAUUACUUUAGAAACACAGUGUAAGCUAUAAAUGUUCAAUAUUGCAACUGUAAAUGGAAAAUGGUGGCUUACACACUAAUUGCUCCAUAGAAUGCUUCAUUGUUUCAUUUUUAAAAAAAAAAAAAAAAAAAGAAAAAUCAGUUUACCAGAGAACAAAGGGAAUGUUCUGGCUUUUGCCCUCAGUGAAAGUAGUCAAAAUUAUACUGCUGUUAGUGAUAAGAUAGGCAACUUGUCUUUCUCCUCUGAAAAUAAAAAUAGAAAACAAACUUGGUAGUAAUUGAUAGUCAAAGCUACUUGUUUCAAGCUGCGGGCGAGAUAACAGAAGCUAGAGGUUCUUUGAGGUUAGGAAUUGCAGACAUGCCCAAGUUGUAAUUCCAACUGUGAAUGGUGUUAAUUGGCUGCAACUUACUGAAUGUCAUAUGCAAAAAAUACUAUAGCUACUCAGAAGAACUUUGGAGAAAGUCUGUUCCUGUUGUAGCAUGAGAGGUGUAGCACUUCAGCUGUGUAGAAGUUCUGGAGGCAGUUUGGGGCUCUCAUGCAACACUCAUGAAAUACCUCCUAAAUUUCCCAUUCAGCCCUUGCAUUUAAACCUUAAAUUGGAAUGUGAGAAACUGGCAAGCGAAAAGACAGAAAUGCAGAGGCACUAUGUGAUGUAUUAUGAAAUGUCGUAUGGAUUAAACAUCGAAAUGCACAAACAGACAGAAAUCGCCAAGAGAUUGAACACAAUUUGUGCACAAGUCAUCCCAUUUUUGUCUCAGGAACAUCAGCAGCAAGUGGCUCAAGCUGUAGAACGUGCCAAACAAGUGACCAUGGCUGAACUGAAUGCCAUCAUCGGGGUACGUGGCCUUCCAGGUCUACCUCCUACACAGCAGCAGUUGCAGGCUCAACAUCUCUCCCAUGGCCAUGGACCUCCAGUGCCUCUAACACCGCAUCCAUCAGGUCUUCAGCCUUCAGGAAUCCCUCCACUCGGAAGCAGUGCUGGCCUCCUUGCCCUUUCUAGUGCUUUGGGUGGGCAGUCUCACUUGGCAAUAAAAGAUGACAAGAAGCAUCACGAUGCAGAACACCACAGAGACAGAGAGCCGGGCACAAGUAAUGCUCUGUUGGUCCCAGACAGUCUGCGAAGCACAGAUAAACGCAGGAAUGGCCCUGAAUAUACCAAUGACAUCAAAAAGAGAAAGGUGGAUGAUAAGGAUUCCAGCCACUAUGACAGUGAUGGGGACAAGAGUGAUGAUAACUUGGUUGUAGAUGUAUCCAAUGAGGAUCCCUCCUCCCCACGGGCAAGUCCUACUCAUUCACCACGUGAAAAUGGUAUAGAUAAAAGCCGCCUGCUGAAGAAAGAUGCCUCUAGCAGUCCAGCAUCUACAGCCUCUUCAGGAAGUUCCACUUCCCUCAAAUCCAAAGAAAUGAGUUUGCAUGAAAAAGCCAGCACGCCUGUUCUGAAAUCCAGCACACCAACUCCUCGAACUGAUGUGCCAACCCCAGGCACUAGUGCAACUCCAGGACUUCGUCCAGGCCUUGGCAAGCCUCCAACAAUGGACCCUCUGGUUAACCAAGCUGCUGCAGGUUUGCGGACACCCUUGGCAGUACCAGGCCCAUACCCUGCUCCAUUUGGAAUGGUGCCUCAUGCUGGCAUGAAUGGAGAGCUAACCAGUCCAGGGGCAGCCUACGCCAGCCUGCACAACAUGUCACCCCAGAUGAGUGCUGCUGCUGCUGCAGCUGCUGUGGUUGCCUAUGGAAGAUCUCCCAUGGUUGGGUUUGAUCCUCCUCCUCACAUGAGAGUACCUGGAAUCCCUCCAAAUCUAGCAGGCAUUCCAGGAGGAAAACCAGCCUACUCCUUUCACGUUACUGCAGAUGGUCAGAUGCAGCCCGUUCCUUUCCCUCCUGACGCCCUUAUCGGUCCAGGAAUCCCUCGCCAUGCCCGCCAGAUCAACACUCUGAAUCACGGGGAAGUUGUGUGUGCAGUUACCAUCAGCAACCCCACAAGACACGUGUACACAGGUGGCAAGGGCUGUGUUAAAGUCUGGGACAUCAGCCAGCCUGGGAACAAGAGCCCUGUUUCUCAGCUGGACUGCCUGAUGAUUUGUGUUGUACAGAACAGAGAUAACUACAUCCGCUCUUGUAAAUUGCUGCCUGAUGGAUGCACCCUAAUAGUUGGCGGGGAAGCCAGCACAUUAUCCAUAUGGGACCUGGCAGCACCAACUCCUCGUAUAAAAGCAGAGCUGACAUCCUCAGCCCCUGCCUGCUAUGCUCUGGCUAUCAGCCCUGAUUCCAAGGUGUGCUUUUCAUGCUGCAGUGAUGGUAACAUUGCAGUGUGGGAUUUGCACAAUCAGACAUUGGUCAGGCAAUUCCAGGGCCACACAGAUGGAGCCAGCUGUAUUGACAUUUCUAAUGAUGGUACUAAGCUUUGGACAGGGGGUUUGGAUAACACUGUCAGAUCCUGGGACUUGAGAGAAGGGAGACAGCUACAACAGCAUGACUUCACGUCACAGAUAUUUUCCCUUGGUUAUUGUCCUACGGGAGAAUGGCUAGCCGUGGGAAUGGAGAGCAGCAAUGUGGAAGUGUUACAUGUAAAUAAACCAGACAAGUAUCAACUGCACCUUCAUGAAAGUUGUGUAUUGUCACUCAAAUUUGCUUACUGUGGUAAAUGGUUUGUGAGUACUGGGAAAGAUAACCUUCUUAAUGCAUGGAGAACUCCAUAUGGAGCCAGUAUCUUCCAGUCCAAAGAAUCUUCAUCAGUGCUUAGCUGUGACAUCUCUGUGGAUGAUAAGUACAUAGUCACUGGCUCUGGAGACAAAAAAGCUACAGUCUAUGAAGUUAUCUACUGAAAAAUAUGCUGGGGAUAUAAGUGGGCCAAAAUUGUUCUUAAUUAUAGAAGUAGAAAAGUUUUGCCUUUUAAAAAGGAAUGAGAGUAUUGAGGUUCCAGACCUUGUCAUGAAACUACUCCGAUUUUUCAAAGUAGAAGGCAACAUCCAGCAACUAAAUAUUGGCUACGUGGACCAAACAGAACACAGAGGCAAGAUGGACAGAUGUAGCCUAGUUUUUUGACGUAGUUCUUUAAAGCCAAGUGUGCUGAAGAAUGUUGAAGCCUUGUUUUUUUGACCUCAUGCAAAUUGUUCUCAUUGCCUGAAUAUGGGGAUAACCUUUUCUGUUCCUUGCAAUUCAACUUGCAUUCUGUCCUGUGUAGAGCAGCAGUGUCUCAGAUGAACUUGUUUCCUGGUUCUGCAUCUUGUGAUAUGUUUUUGUAUUUUUGUUGAAGGUCAAACAUUUGUAUAAAUUGUAAAUAUAUUUAGUUUAUUACAGUAAAAGCUUUAGUACAAACAACCACUCUUCUCCCCCCCCCCCCGCUUAUUUAAAAAAACUUUUGGGGGGGUUUUUUGCUUUUUAGAAGCAAAAGCAAACACUAUGUAUAGUUUGAAAACUGUCUUAUUCUUUAUAACUCUUCGUAGAUUUCUUUAUCAUACUUCAAAGUAAUUGUUUUGACAUAUUAGGGUAUCGAUCCAGUAGAUACUGUCUUGUGCUGCAGAAAAACUAAAAAGCAAUUUUGUACUAAUUAUAGUGUAAAUAUAAAAAUUGAACAUUUCAUAAAGUUGUGCAGUUUAUUUUAAGUUUAUUCUGAUGUCCCAUGUAUAUGUUCUUUGGCAGAUACGUUAAUAUGUGCCUGAUCAUAAUUGCUUUGGUUGUCUCUCUAGAAGAGGAGAUGAUGUCCGUCUCCUCUCUCCCACAGCUGAACAGAGUUCAUGAAGGACUACCUUUCAACUAAGUACAUCAGAGGCUUUAUUCUUUUAACCGAGGAUGUCUAUGAUUAUACAAAGCUAGAUAAGUUGUGUCCUUCAUAUUUUACAGAGGAAAAGUGGUAGCUAAUAACCGUUUCCUUUUUAAUGGCUUGUCUAUACAUAGAUACUCAGGUAAAUUUAAUUAAAUUACCAAAGUGUGAGUUUUACAGGGGAUCACUUAAAAGAUGUUAAAUACUUGCAGGGACUGCAAGUGAAUUAACCUAAAUUAAGUUAAACUUGUUUCUUAAUUUCUUGUGAGCAUAUUGAUAAAGGAAUUUUUUGCUUAUUAACUAAUACACUGCAUAAAUUAAUUAGAAUUAAUUUUCUAGUGUCUCAUAUUAGACAGGCCUAUAGGCUCUAUGUAUCCAUAUUGAGCAGUCUUUGAGUCCCUCAACUGUUGCAUCAGUGUGACAUCUCUGAAGAGCUAUGUUGAGCAGCCAGUUACCAAAGUUAAACAUCUUCAAAUCAAGUUUUCUCGAUGUACUCAAGAGAAAUGGGUGAGGAAAGAAUGUGUGCAGUUUAUUCUAGCUAUGGGGAUUUUCUUAUUUUUGUUUUUUUUAAACUUAGUGAGUUCUACCACUGUGUGCUGGACAAACCUAGCUAAUGUGCCAGUGAGGGCCAUGCAUUUCCUAUGUUCUGUAAUUUUAUUAGAACUUGUAUUGCUAAGGGAGAUAACAGAUGAACAGAAGGAUAUCUGUGAACAAAAUAUUCUGUUUACAAAAACUGGCCUAGCAGUUAAGACUCAUCUUUGAAAAGCUACUUUUUCAUUUUGCUAACAUUUGACAGUAACUUAUAUCCAUGCUUUAUCAAAGACUCAUAACCAGGAAAAAUCAAGUUUGACUGACAGAGACAUUGACUGGAUAUGGAAUUUCCCAUCUGGGGGUCAAACCUUCUCUUUGAUUUCCAGUCUGAAGAGACAGUUUUCUUUUGAAUUUACAUGACCAUUCUACUGAACCGUUUCAUAGCAUCUGGAAUUGUAGUAGCAUUAAAACAUAGACUGUGCGUUUGGAAUAUGAAAUGUUAAUCAUUCAGGAUAAUGUAGUUUCCUAGACAUUUAAAAUUAGUGUUCUAUCCAUAUGUAUCUAUAUAUUUGUCUAUAGCUGUGUUGUGAAUAUGUAUCCAUAUGAAAAUAACAGACCAGCUUUAGGUGGUGGUCAUGUUCCUUUCAUGUAUAGUGAUGCAAAAGCAGAAUCUUAAAGCUGUCCAAAAAAAAGAAUUAUAUUUGCUACACUCAAGUACUGUGAAGUGUUAUGCCAUUUUAAAAUGAGAAAGUUUUUUUUAAAAAAAAUGUUCGUACUAGGUUACUUAACUUUUAGGCUGACCCUGUUUUCAUAUAGAAAUUAUUCCAGACAUCUGACUCUGUCUGCUUAGUAGUAGCACUGGCAAAGGCCAAGACAACAGUUCUCUUCAGUUGGGAAUAUUUGGAUUUCUUCCAAAGAAAUAUACAGUCACCUUGGCUUUUAAUUCACAAGUAUUCUUUUGCCUUUCUUAAAAGUUGAUAGUGGAAAAUCCAAAAAUGCAAAUAUUUACAUAACUUUUGAAAAUAAACAUAUGUAUGACAUGGUUCUGCUGUAAGUUGCACCAUAGUACUUGUUAGUAAGAAUGACCACAUUGUUCACAAUCUAGAGGUUCAAAACGAUACCAUCAGGAAAAUCAUGACAUAUCUUGUCAUUGUCAGUAAUAGUCAUAGUCAGAGCUGCUAUGGAAUGGGAUAUUAUUUAUGCAUGUGCAUUAAUUUAGUCACAUUUAUACAUGAUGUUUUUUUCAAUUGUAAUGAAGAUUUUUUUUUUUUCUCCCAGUCAGAUCUACUUGUAAGCCUUGGGUCUGAAAGCACAAGGACUCAAUGUACAGUAAUCCUCUCAAUUUCUUGUUUCAUGUUUCUCCUUAUAUUUUACAAAAGUUUUUUUUCAUUUGUCACAGUCAAAUAUAUUCCUCCAGUGGACAUAUUUUUUAAUGAAACGAUGGAUUUGAUAAAAUUUCUUAAAUAUUACCUACAAGAUUCAAAACUUACAGAGCUUGAAACUUGUGUAAAUUCCUUUAGCACCGCAUAAAGUAGUGGUUGGAGAUAACUGCAUCUUGAAUGAAGAAAGACCAAACCAGUAGUAACAGGGCACUGGGAAAGAAAAUGGAAAAAAGGGUGCAGCAGUAACUAUGGGGUAGGUAAUUACUAUUUUCUGUCAAUUUAAUUACAAUCUUAAAAGAUUCUUUGAUUAGCCCCUUUCUGGGACAUUCUUUGUUUGCUGGGUGGCCCUCAGUAUUCAGAGAUGUCUGAAUGCCACUCUGGCAAACAGUAACACCAGACAGAAGCAGGGAGUCCUUACAAAUGACAUACUGGAUAUCAGUGCAAACAAUAACUGGUGAAUGGGAGAUUUGUGGUAAUAUCAAUUCAACUGAACUAAAUUCUUUGCAAGUUCUAAAUACUAUAUUUUGUAUGUGUACUAGGCAUCAACUUUUAUAAGUCAAUUGUGCAUAACAUCCUGACAAUAUUCCAUGCAAUACUGUUGUCAGUGUGGCAGGGUACAUCUUCUUUACUGCAGUUCAGAACUAAGGUAUUUCCCCACAUCAACCCACAAGUCUCUAGUUCUUGAGAAAUAAUUUUCAUACGCAUUAAUUCUUUCAAAUUCAAAUUCAAAAGCUUUUAUUUUUUAAAGGGAAGAGGGAGCACCAAAAGGAAUAUGAAGUUCUUUUUCUUUUUUUUUCUUUUUUUUUUUUUUUUUUUUAAUAAGCAUCAAAAUGGAAUCUGUCAUUUCAUCACAUGCAUACUUUUCGGUAUAAAUGACUGACCAUUUUUUGGUCUUAUCUUUGCAUUGGUAGUGCAGGUAAAAUUUUCAGAAGCAUCUAAUUUACUACAGUGAUAUAAAUGCAGACAGACAAAUUGAUGUUUUAGUAUGUUUUUUUUUGUUUGUUUGGCUGUUUGUUUGUUUUCCCCCUAAAUGACUGCCCAUACAUUAACUUAGGGGAUCAUGCUAUCUAGUUGCAGUCCUUCAUACUUUCUGUUGUACUGAUGCAAUUUUGAAUUGUUGGGGGAAGUUUCACCAUUCCAGUGAUUUUAAAAAACAACAAAAAAAGGAUCGUAAUCGUGGAUUGUGCAAAUGCACGCUAAAGAAGAGUGGAAGAGUGCUGAAUCCACAUUUCAGACUCAUGAUAGCGCUACACCUUAUGCCACUUAGCUGGAGAAGCUGAACCUUCUCCAACUGUGUGGUCUCUUGAAAGGAUUUUAUUUUAUUUUAUUUUUUCCCACAAAAAAUGCAUAGAAAUAAUGUGAGAAGGUAGGUGCAUGCAAGACCUGAGUCAUAGUUUCAUCAUUGUAUCAUUUUGAGUCCUUUUUUAACAGAAUGGGAGAGGUGAAGCAACUCAGUGUAGGACCUAGUAAACACCAGAUAGAAUGAAAGAGUUGAGGGCAAAGAAUAAACAGGGAAAGAGAUCACCUAUUGCUCCAACCUGUUUUAGUGGUAGUUUAACAAGUGAUCCACAAAAUUUACUUAGAAUGAGGCUUCAGUAUGCAGUUUCACUGAAGGCUAUUUCUCCAUAAGUUUUCUGCCUGGUAAUUCAAGGACACCUGAACUGGAAUUGGAAGUGGACGUUUCUUUGACAUUCAUAAGCAGUUGUAUAAUCCGAAGAGGAAAGGGAGUUGAAUCACAACCAGUUCUCAACAUUUUCCAUUACCUAAUAUUUUUGUAGCUAAAGCUCAGCUUUCCAGCAAUUGAUAAUCCCAUUUUCAGCAACAUGCUCCCAGAUGUCCCAUUGCAGCUUAAGUGCUUAGUGCAGCAUGGUAAAUUUUGCUAGGGAAACUAGACAUACGGUGCUUUAAAAAACUGCCUUGUGGUUCUAGCUUACUGUCAUUUCUGAAUUUACUCAAUUUCUGUUGAACUAUGUAGGAGACCUCAUCCACUCAUUAAAAUAGAAAUAAAUAUCUCUAAAAGAACCAAAACAGUGUUUUGAACACGUUUUGGCACAUGGGUGUGGGGAUUUUUUGCUUUUGAGUUUAUUUUUUUCUUUGUAACUUAAAAAAGAAUCUAUAAAUUCAAUACAAGAAAACACAAAGGGAAAUAAGAAUUAAUUAGGACAGCUUUAUUUUCAGUGGGCAGAAUGUUCUUAAAGAUGAUGUACUUCAAAACAAAGGAACAUAUCACUUCUACAAUGUAAUAAUUCUCGAGAAAUCUCGAUUUUGUGUUUCUUUGGAGCUAAAGUGCUUCUCUCAGAUGACAAAGUUGGUGAUGUGGGGACUCACAUCAUUUAUACUUUCAAAUUGGAGGAGUGUUUUUUGUUUGUUUGUUUGUUUGUUUGUUUUGUUUGUUUGUUUUCUCUAUGUAUCUUAUUGUCAGGUUCCACAGCUCGCUCUUAGAAGCUGAACAUCAAACUGUGCCCUUUCUGUCUAAUGCUCCAUUAAGAAUUUUGUGUCUAACAAGUCUGUUGGUGAUGCAUAGACCACAGGAAAAUCUGUGGUCUAUGAUUUUUUCAGUGGAUAGAUGCAUAGAUAGUAUCAGCCAAUAUAUGUUGUAAUAAUUUCCUUUACUAAAGCAAGUAACCAGAGAUAAGAUAGUGUCAUUGUUCAUACUUUUAUUGUUUGUGAAAUUGUUGGUCAGUGUAGUUGACUCACACUAUAAAAAUUCUGUGGUGGCUCCUGAGGUAAAAAGUUGAUUUUGAGAUUGUUGCUCUUCUAAAAAUUCACAUGCAAUUUUUCCCGCAGUAAGAUUAUAUUGAUUCAUAGACAUUGCAAGGAGCACUAGACAGUUGCUAUUGCAUAGAGCUUGGCAAGGACUGUCUUUGUUUACAAUACAAAGGUACAGUAUCUAUUGAAUCUUAUCUCUAUCUUGUUUGUUUGUUUGUUUUUGCCAACAAUGAGUUAGGCAAAGAUAAUACAUAGUUUGGAGAUUAAGUAAUCAAACAUACUAUUAUAUUUUCCUUACCCCCUUUAUGACGUUAGCAUAAAAAGUGAAGAUGAUGGCUUUUAACUGAAAAAUAGUAAACACCAGUUUUCUUUCAAGAACAGAUUUUAAUGGCAGUUUUAAUAAGUUAACAAGCAGAAUGAAAGAAUAAUAAAUUGAAGUUAACCCAUAGCAUUGGGAAACUUAGGAAUCACUUGUUACUUCCCUGGUAGUGAGACUAAUUUGUUUAAAAUAAAAUCCAUCUCUUCAUUUCACAGUCUUUGUUUUACUUCCUUACAACAAUCCACAGUGGAUUACUCUAUUACUUUAAAAAUUGGCUGCAAUUAUGAUAAGCUAAUAACUCUUAUUUUGUGGUUUACUGUAGCAAGAUGUUUUGGAGAACAACCAAGCUUUCCUUUAUUCUUAAAAAAUAAUCCAGCUAUUGGCUUAGUGGUUUGUUUGGUUGGUUGGUUUUCUACAGCUAGACCUGAAUAUUUUCUUGAUAAGGUUUCAAGUAAAUAUGUAAUCUGAUGGGUUUACAAAUUUAAAGUAUAUUUUUUAUGGCUGGGGAAUCAGACAAACUCUGCUGUUAGGUGUGCAAAUGACCUAAUGUGCAUAUGUCACUUCAGUAUUUGCUUAGAAUGUCAUGUGUGCCACAAAAUUUUGGGGUUCAGCAAUCUGACUUUCAUGGCCACAUUAAGUUUACUUCUUGAAAUAAGCUUUUUCAACAGCGACCAGUUUACUGCUGUGCUCCCGUGUGUCUCCCCUUGAAUACGUAUUAGUCCUCUACAGAUGAUUUCAUGGCUUUUACAUUAAUAAUAACUUUCUCUGUCUUUCUGAUUGAUAAUUAUGUAGGGUGUGAAUUUCUAACAUCAGUUCAGUGAAUAUUCACUAAUCUAGGAUAUGACUGAGUUCUUGAAUGUGUACUUCAAAAAGUUUAUAAACCUGUAUACAGAAAUCAUUAAUUUUAGUUUAUAUUCAAGAUUCUCAAGUCCUGGUAUUCUUUUGUGUUUUAUUAAUGAAUCCUUUAAAGAAAAUAUUUGUAGUUUUUGAAUGGUUUUGAUAUAUAUAUUUUUUUAAUUUGUUUAUGUAGAUGAUCUUCUUUGUUGAGUGCAAAUUAUUGACCUGCUAUUCUAUUUAUAAUUUUUCACUAGUUCUGCAAUACUUUUAGCUAGCUGUAACUUAUUAAAAAAACACAAAAGUGAAAUGGGGAUAUUAAUGGUGAGUGGUUGAAAUUUGGGAGUUUUCAAAUGCAUGUUAGAAUAUUUCAACACUUUGUUCACUGUAAUUUUACAUUUUUUUCAUUGCUGAAGUAAUAAAAAAAAUCAUUAGGUUUGAAUUAUAGUAAACUUUUAUACAUGUCAGUACUCUACACAAACUAAUUUUUAUCUCCCAGUGGACAGCAAUAAUUUAGAUUUUUUUUUUUUUUUAAUUCUACCUAAUUUAUUCUUAUUGACAGAAGGGGGAAGUACUAACCUUGCAAAUUUUUCUAAGUAUCAUGAAUAUUGUUGAUAGUUCUUAAUAAUCUCCAUGCCUUCAAAAACUUGUUCUUCUAUAUUUUGAAGUGAAACAUACAUAUAUACAGGGUACUGUAAUAAAAUGUGUUUACAGUAUUUAUCCCCUGGGUUUGCGGUAAUAGAAAGGAAGAAGUGCAGUAACAGAUAUAACUUGCAAUAGUUGCUAGUGUUAUGUGCCUUUGAAUCAUUUUCUUUAAUUAUUUUUCAUACCUUAAGUGAGGGUUAGGGGAUCAGUUUAAUUUAUGUUACAGUAGAUAUGGUAAUACAUUCUUAAACCUUUGUUAAUUUUACUAACUCUCCAAAUCACUUUAAAUCAGUAAGGUAAAUUAUUUGAUUGUAUGGAUGGUUUUGAACUGGUUGUAGACUGUUCAAUUUCACUUUUUAGGUUUCAAGCACUGCUAGAGUAGAGAUAGAACUUAUAUUUGGCUUUUUUUUUUUUUUUUUUUUUGCUUUUAUUUUGUACUGUAUGUGAUUAGCAGGGAUUUUUUUUAUUGUUUUUUAUUUUUUACCACAAUAGGUGUGCCCACUGUAGUGGCUUUUUUAAAAUGUUCCCAUAGUUUGCACUGUGUGAUUCAUUUGAAUUGAGCUUACAAGUCAAUCCCUUUUUGUAGUCAUCUGCUUUGUACCUUGACAAGUAUGAAAAUAAUCGAAAAUAUCACUGUACUUAACAGUGAGGCAGUAUAUUUCUGUUUCUGAAUGUGAAUUGCAUUUAGCAAGACUUGUCUAGUUAAAAGGCAGUUAAACUAGUAAUCAUACAUGAUCCAUUUUUAGCUGUCGUUUGUAGAAAAAGAGCUGCAAAGUGAUAUGUGGUGAUAACAAAUUCAGAAGGAAAAGAAUAUGAAAUUCAGAUAGCAGCUUGAAUGAUUUGCUGUUAGCAUGGGGCCCAAUAACACUACAAAGCUAUAAACUCUGUCUUUCUAGAUUGCCCAGUUAGGUGGCAGAGAUGCAAUUUGUCUUUUCUGAAGCCGCCUGCUGCUUGCUAGCUCCAUCUCCUGUCACAGCCUAUUAGCUCCCCAAGAAAAUUGGUGGGAAAUUGCCUGCAGAUUGUAGGAAAUUGCAUCUCCAGGCCCUGGAAAAAAUGUAGGAUAGCACAACACUGACCCUCCCAGAGCAGCUAUUAAUACAGCAAAAGCUGACCCUUGGCUUGGUGUGAAACGACUUUGCUAUUUGCUGAAUAAAGACUGUAUUAUGUGUGGUUGAAGGAGGGUACAAAUUAUUAUCCUGUCUAUGCCUGUAGCCAGCCUGGUCCAGGAAGCUUAAGUAUUAAUGACAGGUUUUGCUGCCCCCCACUCUUACCUCGUGGAAGAUGGGAGAUGAGAUGUUAGAAGAUCAUCCUGAAAUUUCGUUGUAAGAUGGGCAAAAGCCACCAUGUAUUUAAAUUAUACUAGUAUAUUCAAUAUAUGAAGGUUUAGUGACAAAACUAAAAGAUGACUUAAGAAGCUAAUUUCAGAUAAAUUUAUUAUUGCUUGUGCUUGGCCCAGCCUUGGUCAGAAAAGGAACAACUUUGUGGCCGUAUACAUUGUGUGUGUGUAUCCGUAACAGACAUUUUAUUUUGGGGCAGUUAUAAUGAAAUUGAGCUGAUUUGUUCUGUAACUGCUGAGUGUCAAAGUCAUGGGACACACAUUAAUUCUGAUAGAUUUUUGCAUGAAAUUCUUUGCCACUAGGAAACUCACUCUUGUCUUGUUUAAACAAAUUCACAUGCAAUGAGUUUCAUACUCUGUCAUUUCUAUUACAGCUACCUUCUGAUCUUGUACUUUACCUUUGUUUUAUAGGGCCUUUCAAUAAGAGAUCUCUUUUCUGAGAGGGGAUAUGUAGAAGUAGUUUGCAACAUAAAUAAUAAUAAUAAAUAAAGGCCAACUUUUUCUUUGAGCUUGUGAUUUUACUUAGUGGGUCCAAAUCCUCCUGAGGGAAGGCAUGUGUGUGAAUCAGAGUUAUAUAUUGAUCAGAAGUGAGUGCAAGGAGGGCAUCAACAGGGAAAAAGUCAUUUUGCAAUCAAGAGCACUGCUGUUUUCAAACUCAGCUGAGAUCUGUUGGUAACUGGUGGCUGGCUGCCUGAGGAUCUGAUUGAAAUCAAUAUGAUCGUUUCCUAUUGUAUUAGUACCCGCUGAUGUAAAUGAACUGACAUGGCUUACUAAUGCUUGCACGACUGAUUAGGGAAAAUUAGUGGCCUGCCUUAUGUAGUCAGGACAGAGGAGCUGAACAUAAGGCAGCAUGACAAAAUGAGUGCUGCCGGUGAUUUAAAGCACACUUGAAAGGGAUCGAGAGCGCUUCAUAUUACAGGGCUCACUGGGCUUCUAUUUUGAAUGCUUAUAGUCAUGCAUGCACAUGUAUGUCAAUCUGAAAUGCUGAUCUGUUGAGGCAUUGUCUUUCUAAAUUAGUCAUAGCACCUCUCGUGGAAGGUAUACAGUUCAGUACCGUGUGUCUUUCCUUGUAAAACACAAACAAAGGAACUAAAGAGCUGUGAUGCUUGAGACUUUAUUCUAUAUUUACAAUAGUUGUUCAUCUUCCAAGAUGUUACAUACUACUUGCAUUCUCAAAAUAAACCUUGCCAUUCAGGAACAAAUGUGGGUUUUUUUUACAGUGCAAUACCUAUAAAGUAUGAACAAAUAACAUUUAGAAGAGACAGAGUGUGCCCUGGCUGAUCACUGAAUUUGCCUUCUUUUCUUACAAAUAAACAAGAUUGGGUGAUAUAGUAUCCUGAAAUAAUUACUUCUGGCUGAUGGGAUUAUGAACACUGUUACCUGCAUGCCUCCUCAAGCUUUAAUGAGGCCAAACCCAUUACAAUACACAGCAUGAGGAGGUAAGAAGUCAUUCUUGUGUGAAAAGCGGAAGCUUCUUGUCACAAAUUCAGAGUUGAAAGCUCUUGUUUUGUUUGUUUUGUUAUGGAAAUAACUAAAAAAAAAAAAAAGAA